AUGCCCGCUACUCAGUAUCCCGACACCUCUGGCCCCAAGCCCACCAUGACCAUGCCCGGCAUGAACAGGCCCGUCAAGCCCACCGCUUGGCAGGCUCGCAAGGUCGCUGCGACCGGGAUCGCGCCAUUGUGGGCGUGGGCUGCGAUGUUUGCGACGGUUGGAACGGGCGCACUGUACAUGUACUCGAGUUCGGGCAAGAUGGCCGUCGACCUUCAACCCGCCGUUCCUCCCGAAAACCCAUUCAAGAAGGGAGAAGAGCCCGUCGGAAUCCCUCCCUCGAAGCGUCAAGCUUGA